CCUGGCGCGUGGUUUCGAGCCAAACUCCAGUCAUCAUCCUCCGACUAGUAAAAGCCAUUUUUUGAAAUCGCUGUUUACCACACAGCGACGCCACGUCGCCGCGGUAGGGUUUUUCGCCUUUGCUUUCUUUUCUCCCAGCUGCAAAAGCGGGGCACCAGCGGAGAUUGAGGAAGAGGGGCGCCAUGGAGAUCGGGGGCCAGUACCCUGGGAGCAGCUGCUCCAAGGAGCACCAGAAGAUCUACCAGGAGUGGUUUGCCUUCGCGGACUCAGAUGGCGACGGCCGCAUCACGGGCCCCGACGCCAUCAAGUUCUUCGCCAUGUCCAAGCUCCCCCGCGCCGACCUCAAGCAGGUCUGGGCCAUUGCGGACUCCAAGCGGCUGGGGUACCUCGGUUUCGGCGAGUUCGUCACGGCGAUGCAGCUCGUCUCUCUGGCGCAAGCGGGGAAUGAGAUUACUCAAGACAGCCUUAAGCGUGACGAUCUUAGUAGCUUGAAUCCUCCAGUGACGGAGGGUUUGGAUGUUCUGCUUGCUAAAUCCAAGCAUUUGGCAAAGAGGGUCGAUCCGGAUAUUGAUGGAUUUCCUCAGGCACAACCACCUUCAACAAACCAUUGGUUCAGCUCAAAGUCAUCAAAGAAGAUACCUCUGACUGCUGUUACUUCUGUCAUCGAUGGUUUAAAAAAACUAUAUGUCGAAAAAUUGAAGCCUUUGGAAGUUACAUACAAAUUCAAUGACUUUGUUUCCCCGUUACUGACAAACAGCGAUUUUGAUGCAAAGCCAAUGGUUAUGCUCUUAGGUCAAUACUCUACGGGGAAAACAACUUUUAUCAAGCAUCUGCUAAAAACUAGCUAUCCAGGUGCCCAUAUUGGGCCAGAGCCAACAACCGACAGAUUUGUUGUUGUCAUGUCAGGACCUGAUGAAAGGACUAUUCCUGGGAAUACUUUAGCUGUUCAAGCAGACAUGCCUUUUAGUGGUCUUACAACAUUUGGAACAUCAUUUCUAUCCAAGUUUGAAUGCUCUCAGAUGCCACAUCCACUGUUAGAACAUAUCACGUUUGUCGACACACCUGGUGUUCUUUCUGGUGAAAAGCAACGGACUCAACGCAGCUACGAAUUCACUGGUGUUACAUCAUGGUUUGCUGCCAAGUGUGACCUUAUCCUUCUUUUGUUUGAUCCCCAUAAGCUUGAUAUCAGUGACGAGUUUAAACGUGUCAUUGGAUCUUUACGUGGACAUGAUGACAAAAUACGUGUAGUCCUGAACAAGGCAGACCAAAUUGACACUCAACAGCUUAUGAGGGUGUAUGGCGCACUGAUGUGGUCUCUUGGUAAAGUAUUGAACACCCCUGAGGUGUCGCGAGUUUAUAUCGGAUCAUUCAAUGACAAACCAGUAAAUGAAUCAGCUGUUGGUCCAAUCGGAAAGGAACUAUUUGAGAGAGAGCAGGAUGAUCUCCUUUCUGAUCUAAAAGAUAUACCAAAAAAAGCUUGUGACCGCCGGAUCAAUGAAUUUGUUAAACGUGCAAGAGCGGCUAAGAUACAUGCUUAUAUAAUUGGUCAUCUAAAGAAUCAGAUGCCUACAAUGAUGGGCAAAGCUAAAGCUCAACAGCGACUUAUAGACAAUUUGCAGGAUGAGUUUGCAAAGGUGCAAAGGGAACAUCAUCUUCCUGCCGGAGAUUUCCCUUACGUGGAGCACUUCAAAGAUGUAUUGGGUGGCUAUAGCAUUGACAAGUUCGAGAAGGUCAAGCCCAAGAUGAUACAGGCGGUGGACGAUAUGCUUGGAUAUGACAUCCCAGAGCUUCUCAAGAACUUCAGAAACCCUUACGAGUGAACAAACUUCUUGAUCGGAAGAUGGCUCUGGUUUGCACCAGCGUUCCUAUCCCCAGAUUGUGGAGGUUGCGAUUGUCUGACCACGCCCAAAUGGUCUGUGUUUCAUGUCCUGUAGGGUGUUGCUCCGACAUUCUACCAUUGCUGUACAAUUGUAUGCAUAGGAACCGGAAGCGAUUGCUCAGCUUUUCCCUAGAGACCUGUCAUGUGGAAUGCCAUGUAAAGAAUCGGAUGAUAGCCACAUUGUUUCUUCAAAUGAGUAUCUAUUCCGCAUGUUGAACACUUUA